AGUCGGCACGCGCAGACAGCAAGGGAGAAGCCUCCGCACACUGAAGACCCCAUUGCAUUUUCCAGCGAACCGAUUUUUUUUAAAAAAAAAUCUCAAUUGAACCAUUUUUACUCAUAAACGUAGGCUGACAUCUGUAGAAAAUGGUUGAUCGCGAGCAGCUGGUUCAGAAAGCCCGACUGGCGGAGCAAGCAGAGCGAUAUGACGAUAUGGCAGCUGCCAUGAAAUCGGUGACAGAGCUGAAUGAGGCGCUGUCAAAUGAGGAGCGCAACCUUCUGUCGGUGGCCUACAAGAACGUGGUGGGCGCCCGGCGCUCCAGCUGGCGCGUCAUCUCCAGCAUCGAGCAGAAGACCUCGGCGGACGGCAACGAGAAGAAGACGGAGAUGGUGCGCGCCUACCGCGAGAAGAUCGAGAAGGAGCUGGAGGCCGUGUGCCAGGACGUGCUCAACCUACUGGACAACUUCCUGAUCAAGAACUGCAGCGAGACGCAGCACGAGAGCAAGGUCUUCUACCUGAAGAUGAAGGGCGAUUACUACCGCUACCUGGCCGAAGUGGCCACGGGCGAGAAGCGCUCCGCCGUCGUCGAGUCCUCUGAGAAGUCCUACAGUGAGGCACACGAGAUCAGCAAGGAGCACAUGCAGCCCACACACCCCAUCCGCCUGGGCCUGGCGCUCAACUACUCUGUGUUCUACUACGAGAUCCAGAACGCGCCCGAGCAGGCCUGCCAUCUGGCCAAGACGGCCUUCGACGACGCCAUCGCCGAGCUGGACACCCUCAACGAGGACUCCUACAAAGACUCCACCCUUAUCAUGCAGCUGCUGCGAGACAACCUGACGCUGUGGACGAGCGACCAGCAGGACGAGGAGGGCGGAGAGGGUAAUAACUAAAAAAAGAAGAAGAAGAAAAAAUGAAAAGGGAGGGCAAGAUUUGAAGAGGUGAAUAAUUGUUAUCACUUCUGAGAAAAAAAUUACAGUUCCUAGUUGUUCGUUCAAGAAAAGAGUUAAAAAAACACAACAACACGCGUGCUCGCAAAACCUUCAACAGCAACAAGAAGAAGAUUAAAAAAAUUAAAUGAUAAAAGUAAUCCAAAAAAAUGGGUGGGAGCAAGGUGGGACUUUGUCAGUCGUUUGCCAAUGGUAACCACUUCUGGCUGCAGUCUUUAUUUUUCCACAAGUUUGAUGUGAAUGAAAAAAUAAAAGGGAAAAAAACAGCAGAAUGCAUAGAAGGAGAAGAUGAAAGGUUAGAAUAGUUAGUGAGAGGGGAAAAAAUGUUGGUCUGCAACGUUUUACAUGUCACCACUUUAAAAAGGUAGAGGCCUGCCAGUCGGCCUGUGCGAAGUGUCAGGAGGAUGCCACGGCAACCCCUCAACUGGCGUAGGGACUGUUCUUGUAGUGCAACACGUGCAAAAACAGAAGCUGCUUUAUUUAACCUUGUGUGAUUGAACGAGAAGCGAUUGUCGGGAAAAAAAAUCUCGGAAGUACGAAAGCUUGAGCAAACACAUGCACAUAAACAUGCACAUGCACACACAGACACGUACAGUACACGCACACAAAACAAAUCAUGCAUUAAAAAAAACUUGAAUGUCUUUGCCUCGCUAAACAAUAGGAUGGUUCUAGCUAGUUAGAAUAAAAGGUGCCUGGUGUCAAAUGUAAUGAGAAAGUGGAAUCCCAAAGGCUGCCGUUUUGUUCAGUGAUUCUCUGAAGCUUUAAUGUUAGCCAGUAAAAAAAAGACCACCUUAAGGAUUACUGUGGUUACUAAAAGUUCAUUGGUCCUCAAGUUGUGAAGCAUUUUAAGUAUAAAAAAUAUUGACCUCCCCUGAGUUAUUUACAUAGGAAAUCAACAAUUAUUUUAUUAUUACUACUAUUAUUAUUAUUACUAUUACUACUAUUAUCACUAUUAUUAUUAUUAUUAUUAUUAUUAUUAUUAUUAUCACUAUUAUUAUUAUUAUUAUUAUUAUUAUAAUUCAUGUAAGUAAUGUACCUAGUUUAAAAAAACACAUGCCAUUAUAGUCAUUAGGUAAAGAUUAGGUAAAAUAAAUUGUUUAAAAAAACAAUCAACUGCAAUGAAAGAAACGAUAAAUCAUAAAAUAUACGUAAUCACCUUGAAAUUAAAUCCCUUUAACUCUUUAUUGAACAUGAUUCUACUGGAACAUUAGCCUUGACUAGUGGAUGGCAGUGUGGGAGAGAAGAACUCAAGCUACAGAAGGUAAUUUUAAAGCAGCUUCGAGGUUUGUGAAAAUUAUUUUUUGUUCUUUUUUAUUUGUGCUGGUUUACUUUAUUUUUUUAAUUUACAAGAAAUGCAUUUGUCCAUUAUGCUGUUUCUCAGUGUGAGUUGAUUACUGCUCCGAUAUUCUCUUUACUACAGUAUCGUGCAUGCCGGUGAUGUAUUUAUAUACAAUAGCUUGACUUUAUUAACUUGAAACUGUAGAUGUUAUGUAUUCAUAUAAAAAAAUUAAAAAGACUAGAAUUACAGUUUGAUUUUUUUUUCUAUUUAUUACAUUGUAUUGAUUUUAUUUUGCAAAUUGCUUUUAAUUUACCUGCUCUGUUGGGUUAAGUACGUACACUCUACUGAAAUAGUUAUUGUUGACCAUCAAAUAAUCUGUAAUGGAUUUUGCUACGGUGACAUGCAAUUCGUGUAUUUGGAUUUUAUGAAAAUAAAAUGACUUAAAAAACUUAAGCAAGAUGAAAGCUAAAAGCAUAACACCAGUGUUAGCUAAAACAUGUUGUCUGGUGUUUGUCAAAGUGAAAACAUAAAUACAUUGCUAAAUACUUGAUGCUCUUUAAAUGUUUUUAUUUGUUUUGGUUUGUGCUCUGAACAGUCAUGUCAUGUAACGAGAUACUUAAGACUGAACAGUGUUCUUCAGAAUCAGUAUUUCUGUAAGACUCUCACUCACGGACCAUCAUGUAUUUCUUAUACGUUUUGAUUGCUUUUUUAUUCUACAUUUUUGUUUUUCCUUCCAAUUCUUCUCUCCUCUCUUGUUUUUACUUUCAUCUGUCUCCUGAGAAUCUUAAAUGUGAGUCUUGUAGAGAUUGCACAAAAAAUGAUAAUGACAAUAAAAACAUUGAAUUAAAACAUGUUAACAUUCAUCUAGCCAUGUUUCAGUGCUGCUGUUGUUGGUGGGUAUAUACGCCAGGCAUGGAAGUGAACUUAAAAUGCUCUGGGUCAGUUUUUCAUUUUCAUUUUGCCCUGUUUUUUAUUUUCUGUUUUUGUUGAGCUUUGUGUGAUCAGCGCUACCUACAGUAUUGUCUUAUUGUAUGUGGACUGCACUGGGCUAUUUAGCUUGAAUGGAUUACUAAGGGGAAAAAUAAAUCAAUUGUCAGAAUGACAGGCAAAUGCAUAGAUAGAAUGAUAGACGCAUGGAGAGAUGGAUGGAUUGAUAGAUGAAUGGAUGUAAAUGGAUAAAUAGUGUAGAAACAGGUGCGGAGGGAAGACCAAAGAGGAAAGAAAAAUCUGAGAUAGGAAGGUGGUUUUAUCUUCUUCUAUUUCUAUGGAGUGUAUUGUACACUUAUAAGUAGUGUCACGAUUCAAAAUAAAUGGGUGUUAAAAAUGAAUGAAAAAACGUCUUCUUCUACUACAGACAGAGAGAGAGAGGGAGAGAGAUAGAGGUGGAAUGAAGAGAGAGGACCGUAGACGAUCAGUGUCUUGCUGAGAGACAGUGUUGGACGAAACUGAUGAUUUGGAUAGAUCUGCCAUGUGUGGGGGUCCAGAAAUGGCUUUGGCUUCAGCUACUCUGGUGCCAAGCAGUCUCAUCAGUCUCACAGCUAUAGAGUGGUGUUUGCUAAAGCUUACUGUACUUGCAGCCUUAGCAUCUGGCAUCCCGUCAUGGCCUAUUCUCUUCCACCCCAAAAUCAAUGUUGUUAGCUCAGCUCAGAGCAUUCUGCCCCCAGACAUAACCGGAAUGACAGGGACAUUUUCCAAAAGAACAAGAUUCAAAAAAGUCUUGAAUCUUGAAUUUUGUUCUUUUGGAAAAGAUUAAAAACAGAAUGAUGAACACAAUGAUAAGACACUCCAGCAGGGUCUUACUGUACAACAGGGCAUCAUAAGGGAAUGACAUUAAACAAGGCCCGGCUAUGUUUUGAUGUUUGUUUUGUUUUGUUUGGUGUCUUGUCUUCUCCUCAAUCUCCUUUUUUCUCUUGUGUUGCACUUCAUUGUUCUGACAUGGUUUAUAUUCUUCAUCUAUCUGUCAUCAUGAGCUUUUGGUUUGCUUCAAGGGACAGGAAAAUAAAUCAGGUUGUUUAAUGUCUAUUAUUGCAUAGUGGGUUAGAGCGCUGAUUAUUUAUUGCCCAAAGCCUUUUCAAAAAGUAUGUCAGGAGUUGAUUAUGAAGUACCGUAAGAGGCAAUUAUGCAGCAAAUUAUUAAAGUAGAAAACUUUUUUUUGACUGACUGCUCAAUACAAGUAACCCCUCUGGAAUGUAGUACGGUGAUAUGACUGAAAAUGACAAAAUCUGAUGUAAGUCUAUUGGUCAUGACAGCUUGAAUGAAGAGUGUCCCUGCAACCUAAGCCCAGCUCCACUUGGCUCCAAAACAAAGGCUGUGGUGUACCAUAGCCAUCACCGAUGGUGCUGUCCACUCGAAACAGCAACAACAAAAAAUGCAAAGAAAGACUCUGAAUAAAACAAAAUCAACAGCAUGGUGUCUGUGUGGUUACAUA